AUGACCUUAGCACAUGAGGCCUCGGCUUCAGGAGGGUUGAGGGUUUCGGGCCGUCCGUGUUCUUCUCGGGCUGACGCUCCUCCGGAAUAUUUCUUCCCUCAUCACGGAGUUCUCAGGGCGAGCAGUGAGACAACGAAGCUCAGAGUUGUUUUCAACGGCUCCAACAAGACCAGCUCAGGACAAUCGUUGAACGAGAUUAUGCACACGGGUGAGAAGUUGCAGAAGGAUAUCUCGGAUGUACUUCUCUUUUCUCGGCGGAAACGGCUCAUUUUCAUGACGGACAUAACCAAGAUGUUUCGUCAAAUUCGGGUACAUCCGGAAGAUUGGCCACUCCAACAAAUACUCUGGACCGACUCAAACGGAGAUAUCGCCACCUAUCAACUCACCACGGUCACAUAUGGCACUAGGUCAGCUCCGUUCCUCUCAAUGCGUGUUCUUCAUCAGCUCGUUGAGGAUGAAGGAUCGAACUAUCCUCUCGCUGUGGAACCGCUCAUGAAAGGACGAUAUGUUGACGAUAUCUGCGGGGGUGCUGACUCAGAUGAAGAGCUACUCAGGACCGCUCAUCAGGUGACACAGCUCUGUCGGUCAGGAGGCUUUCCGCUAGCCAAAUGGCACUCAAAUAGCCCAGCUCUACUCACAUCUCUUCAACCUGACAGCACCUCUCAAGAACAACGAUUCAUAGAGGACUCGCUCACCAAGAUUCUAGGGGUUUCUUGGCAUCCUGGAACGGACAACUUCAAGUUCUCCGUCACUCAGCCUGAGACCAGCUCAAUAACGAAGAGAAUCAUUUUAUCGGAAACGGCUCAACUCUUCGAUCCACUGGGUUUCCUAGCGCCAGUGGUCAUACGAGCGAAGAUAUUGCUCCAGGCUCUAUGGAUCGAGAAACUGGGAUGGGACGAACCAGUUUCCCAGACAACUGCUCAACGAUGGAGCCAAUUCAGGGAGGAGCUCACACAGUUAUCAGAGAUCACCAUACCUCGGUGGCUUGGACUGCUCACGGAUUCCGUCGUCGAAGUACACGGUUUUUCCGACGCAUCACAAGUGGCGAUGUCAGCCGUGAUCUAUCUCAAGGUUCUCAACAAGGGAAAAUCACAACUCACAUUGGUUUGCUCAAAAACGAAGGUCGCACCGCUCAAACGGCUGACAAUCCCACGACUAGAACUCACUGCGGCUCUCCUCCUGGCCAAACUGACUAAGUACGUCAAGGACCAACUCAAUCUCACGAACGCCACCACCUAUCUCUGGACCGACUCAUCGGUCACGCUCACGUGGAUCAGCUCACACUCCUCAAGAUGGAAGGAGUUCGUGAAAAAUCGGGUGGCACUCAUCCAGGAGCUCACUCAGCAGGCUCAUUGGAGAUUGGUACCGGGCAAGGAGAAUCCUGCAGACUGUGCAUCUCGAGGUCUAUCAGCGCACCAACUGGUAUCUCAUAAGCUCUGGUGGAAAGGGCCACCAUGGCUUCAUCAAGACUGCUCAUCAUGGCCAACUCACGCUCUGGAAAAAGACCUCAGCGCAGACCUCGAGGAAAAGCCAGGAGUUCUCCUACAUGUAAAAGCUCAUCCAAUCGCGCUCUGGAAUCUCGUCGACAGAUUCUCAUCGUUCAACCGACUGCUCAGGGUCACAGCAAUCUGUCGACGAUUCAUAGCUCGGCUCAGGAAAACCCCCAACUCUUCUCUUCGAUACCCGCUCACUCUUGGUGAUCUUGAAGAGGCUCGCAUCCUCUGGAUCAAACUCACGCAGGCAGCUCACUUCAAGGAUCAACUCAGAGCGAUCUCACGAGGGGAAAGGUUCAGCAAAUCCCACCCCCUCACCAAGCUCACACCCUUCAUCGAUCGCCAAGGGGUAUUGAGGAUAGGAGGACGGCUCAAGUUUGCUCACAUAGGCCCGGAGAGCCGGAACCAAGUGAUUAUUCCGAAGGAAUCUCAACUGGCUCAGCUACUCAUCGGACAGGCUCAUCUAAGGACACUCCACGGAGGCACACAGCUCACCCUCAGGCAGCUCAGAAGUAGCUACUGGAUACUCGGAGGUCGAGCACCAGUACGCUCCUUCAUCCUCAAGUGCGUUAACUGCACUCGCCAACGUGGAGUACGCGCUCAACAGCUCAUGGGCCAGUUGCCACCAGCCAGACUCACUCCCGCUCGAGCCUUUCUCAACACUGGGAUCGACUAUGCCGGCCCAGUGUCUCUACGGUCCUGGAAAGGGCGGGGACACAAGUCGUACAAAGGCUGGUUGGCUAUCUUUGUCUGCAUGACCACCUCAGCGGUCCAUCUCGAGGUCGUGUCAGACUACUCAGCCGAGGGGUUCAUCGCGGCGUAUAGACGCUUUUCAAGUCGGCGUGGGAUCGCUCAUUCCUUGUUCAGUGACUGUGGGACCAAUUUCCUUGGCGCUGACAAGGAACUAAAGAAGCUCUUCUCGUCAGGAUCAGCUCAAUCAAGACAGCUCGCACAGCUCCUCAUCAAUGAUGGGACUCAGUGGUCCUUCAAUCCUCCAGUGCUCAACUCACGACCACUGGAACCGCUCACGGAUGAUCCUGAUGACUGUUCAGCCUUGACACCAGGGCAUUUUCUCAUCGGUCAGGCUCCCACGACUCUUCCAGAGCCAUCUUUAGAGCAACUCAACGUCUCAAGGCUCUCUAGAUGGCAGCUCAUUCAGCAGAAGCUUCAAGGAUUCUGGAAGAGGUGGUCCACGGGAUAUCUCCAACGUCUUCAAGCGAUAUCCAAGUGGCACCAUCCGACUCAUCAGAUACGGAUCGGCUCACUGGUUCUACUCACGGACGAGAGAUUCCCGCCAGCGAAGUGGCCUCUCGCCCGAGUGACCGCUCUGCACCCAGGAUCGGACUGA